UGAGACUCAAGAAAACUGAGUGAGUUAUUCAGUGAUGGCGGGCAAAGAAGAGAAUCGAAUAUUCGUCGGAGGAUUGUCAUGGGACGUAACGGAGCGUCAGCUCGAGCAUGCCUUUGGCCGUUACGGCAAAAUUCUCGAAUGCCAGAGGAUGAUUCUUUGCUUCUUUUCCUUGUCUUCUUUGAGCUUGGGUUGUGAAUCUUGUGAUCUUUGAGAUGCUAUAGGUGACACUUUAAAAAAGAUAUUUUUUUCCCAGACUGAUUUUGGCAUCGCUGAAGCACAUUUUCAUUUUCCGAUAAAAUAAUAAAUUGUGGUAAAUAUAGAGCCCAAGCUGGAGAUUGAUAUUUCGUUGGGAUAUGUGGGUUUCAGUACAAGGAAGGCAGCCAAUCAAAUUUAUGUUACACCUGUCUACUAUAUGGCAGAAAGAUGUUGUUUGUGCUGUCUUAGUAUUCCUUAGUAAAACCUGUUAUGAUUUGCAAGAGAUAUUUGGUGGUAAGGUUGGAAUGACAGCUAGAGGAAGUUAAUACCUCAGUAUGCUUUUUUGGGGUCUGCUUUGUUAUAUUUGUUUAUGCAUGGCUUAUAGAUAAAUGCCUAUUGAACUGAGAGAAGUAUGGCAUUUGGCCUAUAGUAAUACAUUAAAGAGAACUGCUUUCCUGUCUUGAAAUGCAUCAUGCCUUCUCCAAUAGGCAAUAACCAAUAUAUUUUACAUUUCAGAGUAUAUAGGACCAUUAGUUGGAUUUUGAUUGUACGAUGCUCAGUAGAUUGGUUAAAGUGAUUGUUUAGUUAGUUCAAGAAGUCUUAUACAUUUGCUUCAGCCACAAUCCAAUAUUGUUGCAUCUUUGGCGGUUUAGGGUACUUUCUCAGCCAACAUGAUGCUCAGUUGUUUGGAAAUUGUUGGAUCGAGUUGGUGGUAUCACUCAUGUGACACAUGCUAUAUGUGGAUAUCAUCUUACGCCACCAAAAGGUUCUGCAUCAUUACAGGUUCUGUGGGAACUUAAGUGUUGUAGAGCUCAAAUGUUUCAAAUUUGGAGCAUUGGUAUCAUUGACAAUUGCUGCUCAGAUAGUGGGCUUCUCUCAUGAUAAGAUUUUGUAUUUCACCAGCUGAUCUGCUUGUUAUAGUUAACAAUGUUGAAGGUUGAAUGAAUGAAUUUCAGUUUUCUUACUUUCUCCAUUGGUAUAGGGUCUGUGGGUUGGACAAAUUUUAUUUGAUUUUGAAUGGUCCUUCUUUUGUCAGUAUACUUUUAGUUGAAGAAUCCGAAUCUGCAUAAGAAUGGUUUUUCUUCUAGAACGCUGGUUUUGUUGGAUCAGUCAACAAAGAGGCAGAAGAGCAGAAUUAGGGAGAAUGUUAGGCAUAUAAUCGUGGUAUACCGAAUAUGAGGAAUCUGUCUUACAUGUUGCUUGGCAUUAAUUCUGCAUAAGAUGGAUUAUUUGUUGCAUCUGUUGAGAUGGAUAGAUCAUUGAAGUUAGCUGAAUCAAUUAAGAAGUAAAACGUGAAAUCAUGAUCUCCAUAAGGAAUGCUGUCAAAUUGUCAAUGCUAAGCCUUCUUGCGUGUCGUCUUUCAGAAAUUUGGAAUUCUUUUUUGGUGAGAGAUUUGUGCUGGAAGAGAUAUCAAUAUUCACUGUAAAACUGGAUUUGUGGCAGAAUGAUCUGGUGAUUGCUGAAGAGAUAAUAGCACCUUGAUUUUCAUGAUAUACUGUUCGUUUGUGGCUGCAUAUUGUAUUGUUAGUUCUUCUAGUUCUGAGUGAGAAAUAAUAGUGUUAAUAUAAUACAGCAAUUUUAUCAAGUAACUCCGAUGCUAUAUUCAGAGGUGGGGAAUUAGAUUGUUUAAAUGUCUGUCGAUGAAGUCAUGACCAGUAUGGAAUAUGCUGAAAUUCUAGCUCACAUUGUGGAAGUAGUUGUUGUAAGAGAUAUUUGUGGUAAUAAAAUGGGCUUGGGAUCUCUCUGAAUUGCUUAGCUCUAUUGAAAAACAUUCUGAUGCUUUAACAAUUUGACAGAGAAAAUUAUGAUGGAAAGAGAUACAGGCCGUCCACGUGGAUUUGGGUUCAUUACAUUUGGAGACCGUAGGGGAAUGGAGGAUGCAAUCAAGGAAAUGCACGGACGAGAAAUUGGUGACCGCAUCAUCUCAGUAAACAAGGCCCAGCCCAAGAUGGGAGGUGAUGACGUAGACCAAGGUUACAGAAGUGGCUACUCAUCAGGAGGUAGAGGAAGCUAUGGAGUUGGGGACAGGGUUGGACAAGAUGAUUGCUUCAAAUGUGGGCGUCCAGGGCACUGGGCCCGAGAUUGUCCUUUGGCAGGAGGUGGCCGCGGCCGGGGUGGUAGUUCAUUUCCCUCACGCCCUAGGUUUGGAGGUGCUGGUGGUGAUCGCCUUAGCGGUGAACGUGAUCGAUACCUUGAUGAUCGCUAUGAUGGUGGACGUUAUGGGGAUAGGGAUCGCUUUGAUUCCCGAGAUUACAAAUAUGGAAGUCGUGAUCGUUAUACUAGUGACAGGUAUCCAACUAGUGGAGAUCGAUUUGCAAGUGAUCGAUAUGGAGGAAGCUCAGAUUACGCGCAAAAUGGUUAUGGCAAAGAAAGAGGUUAUGACCGGUAUGGUGGUCCACGAGGUGUUGGUGACAGGUAUGGAAGUGGAAUAGCAGCUCGUGACGAAGGAAGGAAUUAUAGGGGCAGGCCUGGUCCGUAUGAUCGACCAAGCAGGGGUGCUCGCCCGUCGUCAUUUGACCGCUACUGAUCGUGCCUUUUGGGGUUCUUGUGAGAAACGCAAAUGCUGGAGCAUGAUUAGGGAAUUAGUUGUCGUUGUUAGAUGACAUUGAAGUUUCAAGGAAGGCCUAGAUUUUAGCUUAAUCAAUCAAUAGAUUAUGAUGGUAUGUGAUAGUUUGUUUAUUCAUUAAGAACUUGCAGAUCCCUUUUCAGAUAUUCCCCUCAUGAGCCUGACUCUAUUCGGUUUCUUUUCAAAUGCAACCAAGCAUGAACGGUGGUUUUACAUCUUUCCAAA